AACAAGAUGGCGUCCAGCUGUAAAGAGGAUCUAGAUCAGUUGCUGGCAGGUCUUGCUUCCAUGGGGUUUGAGCUGGAUGACUGUCAAGAAGCACUGCUAGCUGGUCAUAUUACGCUUGAAUCUGCAGUGGAAUGGCUGGUGGAGAAGAAAACCAAUCCCUCUGCCACAACAGCUGGAAGAAGUGACAAGAACUUACAGGAGAAUAAAGAACCAUCUGGCAGUGGUAUAUUUGAACAGCAGGAAAUAGGAUCAGCUGACCAUCAGGUUUCAAGUAGAUAUUCACUGACAGAGGAAGGAAGGAAAGCCAGGGAAAGAUUUAUAGAAAAAGAAAGAGAAGUAGCUCGAACUGAAGCUAAAAAGCGCAGACUGGAAGAAAAGAAAGCUAAAGAACAGAUACUUAUGCAGAUUGCAGAUGACCGGGAAAUAAGAAAAUUGAAAUCUGGUAUUAAAUCUGAGACAGUAUCAGAAAAAGCUUCACCAGCAGAAGAGGGUACAAGCACCAGUCAGUUUUCCAAAACCACCAAGAAGGAGUGUUUGAUGUGUAGGCUACAGGUUAGGUUACCAAGCAGCCAAGUUAAAAAGGGCAAUGUACCAGUCAAGACCAAACUAGAGCAAGCAGUCACUUUAGUGUGUAGUGACUCUUCUCUCAGAACUGGAGAGGUAGAAAUACUCCAGCCAUUUCCACGCAGGAUUUUCACUGCAGUUGAAUUGGAGUCCACUUUGGAAGAACUAGGUCUGUGUCCAUCAGCUAUGGUCGUCGUACAGAAAAAGAACCGUCAUUCACUAGCCACAGACCUUAGCUCUGGCACAGCUUCUGCCCAUUUGGUGGAGCCACCAGAAGCUGAGCAAGGAGUUGCUGGAGCAGAAGGAGAUGGACCAAGUAGCAGUGACAGGGGCAGAGUCCAACCUGGUGUCGAAGUUGGUCUAGAAAGAAUAAUCAAUGACCUUCCAAACCCUCCUGGUUUGGACAUUCCUGGUAUUGGAAGAAACCAACCACGGCAGCAUCAGUGGGGAGAGGGAAUGAGACUAGGAGCAGUUAAUUACAAUCCUCAUGCUAUGGAACCUGUCUUACAAGCUAAUUCAGCUGGAGAAUCUGCUGCAAGGAGAAUGGAAAUGAGAGCACAGCUGCUGCAGCACAGGCUGGCUGAUGCUGCUAAAAGUCCUCCACCAGAACAACCCCACCUCCACAGAGAAGUGAGAAGCUUAGAGACGAUCUGUAUAGACAACAUUGUUUUAAGGCUAGCAGGGCACCCACAUUUACAGCCAUUAACCACAUUAGGGACUCUACCUCACAAGGUGUGUGACAAGAUAAUACACCAGCUAAUGAAGAGCAAAGCUCUCUCACCAAAAACAAUGCAAGCCUUCUUAUCCUGCUGUCUUCGAUAUCUUAAGCUGGAUUGCUACUUGUUGGUAACAAAUGAAUUGCUUACUGUACUGAGACUUCACAAGCAUCUGACAUUACUAAGUCUCAAGUCUUGUCCCUUAAUUACUGACAAAGCAAUGGAGGCUGUGUCAGCUCUAAAGAAAUUACAGUCGUUAAACUUAAACCAGUGUUCACAACUGACAGACAAAUGUUUUACUUACAUUAAGGACUUACCUUCUUUAACUGUGCUUCAAAUGGACAACACCAAGGUUACAGAUCAAGGGGUUUGUUAUUUUGUUGCCAAUGCCAGCUGUGCCAGUAACCUCAUACACCUCAAUCUUUGCAGUACUGAUAUAACAGACUUAAACUUAGAUGUUCUAAAAGAUUUAAAGUCACUAAAGAUUCUUGGGUUGGAGAAUACAAAGAUUACCAGGUUGGAUGUUCUGUCAGGCCUUAGCUAUCUGGAAAGUCUAAAUGUGUCCCAUACAGAAGUAUCAAACAACAGUAUGGCAUCACUCACUGGUUUGCCAUGCUUAGUGUCACUCAAUAUUCUGUCCACUGCUAUUGAUGACCUAGGACUGCAAUAUCUUCAUGAUCUACGAUUAACUCAUUUGAAGUUACCUGGGAGACUUAAUAUAACUGACCAAGGGAUACAGCACAUUCAAGGUCUACCACUUGCUGCAUUAGAUUUGUCAGAUUAUAUCAAUGUAACAGAUGUUGGAGUUCAUUGCAUCUCAACAAUGUACAGCUUGACAAAGCUGACACUGAGUAACACCAAACUAACAGAUGUGGGAAUGUUGAGUCUAUCAGGACUGACUGAGCUUGUAGAGUUGAAUGUUGAUAGAACAGCAGUGACAGAUGAAGGAUGCAUGGUUAUCAGUAACUUUCCAAAUCUUCAAAUUCUCAGCCUUUCUUCUACACAUAUAAGCAACAAAUUUCUAACAUGUGGUGUGCUUAAUCAGUGCUUAAAGCUGAGCCAAUUAAACUUGAGUAGAACUCGAGUGUCCAACAAGGGAAUAAGGUGUCUUAAUCUUAACUGUCUGACUUCACUCAACCUGGACUGGACAAGCGUCACAUCUGAUUGUCAACUGUUGCUUACAGGCUGUCCAGCUCUUAAAGCACUGCGAACAAACAACUGUACCCCUUCCAUGGACGAGUCUGAUGAAGAGGAAGUUUAAUGCAGGAAUUUUGGUGGAAAACAUGCUAUAAAAAAGUUUUAAAACACCAA